AUGCGACCUAUCAAUGUUACCCUUGCAAUCGCCAAUAAGCUCUUAACCACGGUGUACAGCAAUGUCAAGAUUGCAGGGCCAGCACAAUUGAAAGUAGAUGAUCCAGUACGCGUGAGCAAAUUUAAAACAAUAUUCAAUAAAGGAUAUACACCAAAUUGGACGACCGAAGUACUUAACAUCAAUAUAUUACAAACAACUGAUCCUGUGACGUAUAUGCCUACGGAUUCACGUGGACAUUCUUUUGCUGGAGGAUUUUACGAAUACGAACUGCAUCGCGGUGCAAAUCCAGAAAUUUAUCUCGUUGAAAAAGUUUUUCGCAAGAAAGGUUUAUGUGAAGUGGCUAGAGUUAGACAAGUCAUAUAA